AUGGCACCCCCGCCAGCUUCCCUCUAUACGCUCUCCUUCGCGAUCGCGACUUUAGUUACUCUGCUUGUCGCUGCAACACUACGUCUGCUCGCUAUCCUUCCAAAUGCGCGCUCGAAAUCAACACCGCUACGCCAGCGCCCGCUCGCAACACGCGUUCUUAUCGUGCUAGGAUCGGGAGGGCAUACACACGAGAUGUUCUACCUACUUCGAGAUCUGGAUACACGCAAGUACACGCACAGAACAUAUGUAGUCAGCAGCGGAGAUGCAUUCUCAGCACAACGCGCCGCGGAGUUUGAGCGAGGACUUGAAGAUAAGGAAAAGGGACGAUUACGCAAGCAAGACAUGGAGAAAAAUGCAGUCUACGAGAACAGCGCAGGAAGAACACCGGUGACGGUGAUGACAGGUGCAGACAGCAUGAUAUAUGUGGCGGGAGAGAAGAAGGGCGAUAAACCAGCAUGCACUGGACCAGACCACUAUAAUAUCGCCAACGUGCCUCGUGCGCGCAAGAUACACCAGCCACUCCUCACAACACCUCUAACAUCACUCUAUACUCUCCUAGCAUCGUUCGCGCCUCUCCUUCACGUACCACCGCUACUAGCUGGCCAGGCUCCCACGACACCUUACGAAACCACAGCCGCCGACCUCCCAGAUCUCAUCAUCACAAACGGCCCAGCUACGGCUGUAAUCUUGAUCCUCGCGAGUCUUAUACUUCGUUACUUCAACAUCAAGGGUGCGAACAGCAGGGACAAGUGCAAGACCGUGUACGUAGAGAGCUUCGCACGCGUCAAGACAUUGAGUCUGAGUGGGAAGCUAUUGCUGAGGGUUGUGGAUCGAUUCCUGGUACAGUGGGAGGAGCUAGAAGGCGCUGGGGGACGAGCGGAGUACUGGGGCAUUCUAGUUUGA